AUGCGGAAAUCGGUCAGCCCGUGGCUCUCCCUCCUCGCUCUCGGAGUCUCCGCGGCGCUCUUCGUGGUCGGCGUCGGUGGCAACGCGGCCGUGCUGCUUUGCCGGGUGGGCGGCGGCCCCCGCGGAGUCGCGCCCGCCCUCCUCGGGGCUCUCUCCGCCGCCUUGGGGCUCUUCGCGACGGCCGCGCUGCCGGCGGCGGUGGCGGCCGAGACGCCUCUGGUGGGGCCCGCGGAGCGCCGCGCGAUUCACGUGGCGCUCCGCUACUGCGAGGCCCUCGUGCUGGGCGUGUGCACGUUCACGCUGUGCGCCCUGGCCAUGGAGCGCCUUCGUGCCGCGUUCUUCCCCACGCACUCCGGCGCCACCGAGACGUGGCCCUCCAUCGCGGGCAAGAUCGCCGUCGUCUGGGUGGGCGCCGCUCUGCUCGCGCUCCCCGAGCUGCUGCCGCCGCUGGUCGCCCUCGGACGGAGUCCGUCCGAGCCGCCGCUCCAACUCGUUCCGUCUCCCUCCGCCGACGUCUCCGGCCAGACCGCCGGCGUCCCCUCCGUCCCGACGUCGCUCGCCGCCGACCUCGCGCCCGACGUUUCUAACGCCGCCGCCGCCUUCACUCCGCGGCUCGACCGGUCGCGGCGCGAAGCGACGUUCGGAGCGAGCCCGACUCCCGAGCUUCGCCGUCGCUCCACGGGCUUCGCCGGCGAGGCGCGGCCGGGCCGGACGUCGCACGGCAGCGAUUCCCGCCGGCGCUGGGCGGCCGCCGGCAACCUCGCCGAGCGGCUGCGCGCCGCGUACGAGCGCUCGCGCGUCUGGUGGGUCUUCGGCUGCCACUUCUGCCUGCCGCUCGUCUUCUCGGCGAGCUGCUCGGCGCUGGCGGCGUGCCGGGUGCGGCGCCCCGGCAAGGGGCGGCCCUGGGCGCGCACGCGGCGCCGGGCGCAGGCGGAGGGGCAGCUGCACACGUUGCUGCUGUCGCUGGCCAUCGUGCACGGCGUGUGCGUGUCGCCCAGGGUGUUCGUGGACGUGGCGACGGCGCCGGGAAGGGUUCCCGGCGCCGCCGCCACGGGCUGGCUGGUGGCGAUGGGGCACGGGCUGGCGUUCUGCGAGGCGAGCGCCGUGCCGGCCGUCGUGCUGCUCCUGCGCCGGCGGGAGACGCAGGGCGUCCGUGCGGCCGUUCGAGGGUGCCUCGUGUCCGGAGGGUCCCCCGCUUCGGCCACGCCCCCAAAGGGAGGGCAGACGCGCAUUAAUUUCAGGAUGGUGCGGGCCGACUCCAUACAGAGCACCUCUGUUUAACGAACCGCUCUUUACGUUUUCCCGUUAAUUUGGUCAGUGGUCAAUAGUUUGGCAGUGCCGCUUAAAUUCAAAAGCUGCAUUAAAACAGCGGUGGUCAUCUGUAGGUGGUUAUGUAUCAUUUGUUGAAAUUCCACAUUAUAUACCAGGGAACAGUUUGUCUAUAAGACCAUUAGAUUAGCGUAUAGAAACGAUCCAAUUAAAUUAUUAAGAAUAACGAUUUUUUUUUUAAUACACAAAUGGUUGGAAGCCCCUGCUAUGCUUCAUUGGUUUACGUGAACGAGGCAAUUCUGAAGAUAAAUGCGAAGUCCACUAUAUAUCCAUAAGAGGUUUUUAGGUUAGAUCGCGUAAAUAUAUUGUCGUUAAAACUCACCACC